AAACGAAUCCCGAAUCCCUCGCGAGGACGUGCCGUCGUACCCGCAACCUCCUACCCGAUGUCAGUACGACGGUCCUCCAAGCCUUAAUGCGACCUCGCCAGCGCCAAAACAGCACUCAGCAUAUUCUAGAGCAUUGCGCACUCCGCCGUGGCGUCGACGUGACCAAGUGCAGGCGGUGACGGUUCUACGCCAGCGUUGCGAAAAUCCUUUACGGCGUUUGCGACAUGGCGGCUUUGUCCAUGUGCCUCAAGUGUGCAGGCAAAACUGCGUCCCGUGUGCGAUCGAACAGCAAGGUAUUCUCUAGCCAGAACCAGCAUCCUCCCCCCAAUUUGAACUUGCGCCUGCGUGAAGACACAGCAGUGAAAGAGGUAGAAAAGCUUCAACAAACCACAACCAAGACAUCUCAUACACAAACAACCGUGCCUCCCCACUCACAUAACCUCAUCCCUGCAACCCCUCCCCUCAGGUCCUCUGACACCCACAACUCGCAUUCCGAUCUCCCCUCACAGGACAACAAAACUCAGAUCCGCGGCACAGCCCCCAACGACGCCAUGCAGGUCACCGACCUCAUCACCUCCAAAGUCUUCACAGCAUGCAUUGCCUCAGUCUUCUUCACCGUGUGCAUCCACCUUCUCUGCCGGGGCCCCGACGGUGCACCCCAGAAACCCCCGUCCCUCGCUGUCGUUGCUCGUCGUUGCGGUGCUGUACGUGGCGUUCCUGAAGAUGUUUCUUCUCGAUGAGGUCAACACGAUCUGGCGCUUGGUGUGUGUGUGUCCUCUACCGAGAUUUGGCGGGGUGUUUCCGCGCUGGUAGGUACGGAGGGAGCGGGAGCUAUUGGUGCCGGGGGGUAGAAGCUGCGGGUUCGGAGAGGCGCGGGAAAGCGGAGGGACGGACGUAGCAUUCUUGCUCUGUGAC